AUGAUGAGGGUCAUCAUCCUCCUGCUCACACUGGAUGUGUUAGGCGUCUCCAGUGUGAUGAUGGAGAAGAGACUCAAACAGAAGCUUGAAGGGAAAUGGCGAACAAUUUACUUAGCUGCCAGUACUGAGGACAAGAUAAAAGAAGGCUCUCCAUUGAGGACCUACUUCCGUCUCAUUUUGUGUGGGAGAAACUGCAACCAAAUCUACCUCUAUUUUUUUAUUAAGAAAGGGGCCAAGUGCCAAGAGUACAAAGUCACAGGAAGGAAAGAACAAGAAGUUUACUUUGCAGAAUAUGAAGGGAACAACGCAUUAGUGUUAAAGACAGUGAAUGAGAAGAUAUUGCUGUUUCAUUAUUUUAACACGAACAAAAAAAAUGAGGUCACACGAGUGGCUGGAGUUUUGGGAAAAGGCAAACAACUGACUAAGGAAGAGAUGACGGAGUACAUGAACUUAGUGGAAUCAAUAGGCAUUGAGGAUGAGAAAGUACUGCGUGUCAUGGACACAGACAACUGUCCAAGCAAGAUCAAGAUUAAGUGA